AUGGGGGCAGAAAAAUCCAAACCUGAAUCGAACAUAACUGACUAUGAACUACAAGUUGCACUUGAAAAACAAAGAAUAAUAUAUGAAAAGCAGACACAAGCUUUAUUACAAAUUCAACGUGACGCUUUAGCUAAAUCACAGGAAAAACAAAGAACAAGUGAGGCAACAAGUAGCACUUCGAAUACCCCAGGUUCAUCGGUUACUAAUUCAAUAUAUCCUAAUCUGCCAGGCCCUUCAAAUCGGAACCCAUUCUCCCCGCCAGAUUUACCCCUUAAUAGGAAUUUGUAUGUGCAAAAUGUGGAACCAGCCUAUUUAGAUGGCAGUUUUCAGGUUCCCACUCGAUCUUUAACACCAACAGCUCCACCGCUAUCAAUUUAUGAGCAAGAAACGCAAACUCGUGCAAAAAUGCAACCGCGUCGACCACAAUCAAUUGAUCAUCCAUUCAAGUAUCGUAUGCGCUGUCCUAAUUGGAUAUAUGGAUGCUCAUUACAUUUUGAAAAACAUCAACUUACUGCCCACGUAGAAGAAUGUCCUUACAAUGAUUUAAUAUGUCCCAUGAACAGUUUAAAUGGUUGUUCAUGGAAAGGCAAGCUUGACCAUAUCAAAGUGCAUUUCGCCGAAGUUCACCCUCAAUGUUCAAAAAUCCAAAUAAAUAAGGAGGACACUUUACACAUCUGUGGUAACUAUCAGUUCAUACAUUUAAUUACUCUUGACUCGUACAAUUUUUUAUUGCACCUACAAGUAGACCAAUACAAGAAACAAGUUAGCUUUGGAGUGCAACUUAUCGGUUCAAAGGUCAGCGCAGCGAAAUGGACUUAUGAAAUUCGGGUCUAUAAUAAAAAAGAACCUCGGAGGUUAUUCGAGUACGUUGACAAAUGCCACUCAAAUUGUGUACCUCUCCAAGAUAUCACCGACCAAUUUGCGAUAAUUAGCCUCGACUAUGCCAAAACAUUCUCAGAACAAGAUGUAAUAACAUUUAAGAUUUUCUUGAGAAAAGCUGUUCGUCCAAGUGAAAGAAAAGUACAACAUGAAGAGAAACCGCCUCACGGUUUUUUAAAUAAAAGAUGGCAAACUAGGAAGCUAAUUUAA